GCCAUGCCUUCUCAUAACUGAGAUUUGGCAAAGCUAAAAACAUUCAGCUAUUUUUCUAUUAUUAACCGAUAAUUUGCAGAAAAUUAUUAGAAAAUUAGAUAAUGUCGUUCUCUUCAACUUUCGCUGAUUCUGAUCAUCCCAUGGACAAAGUGGAUGUGGCCAAAGAUACAAAGGGCAUCGAAAACCUGCUCUUGUCGCAGGGCUUCGCGGACUGUGAGCCUGGAGUUGUGAACAAGCUGCUGAUGCAGGGUUACGCUAUGUUCAAGGACAAUUUGUUGAGGGACAUGGCGCGUGCGGAAUUGGCAAAGGCCGUCGGCAAUACGACUGUUGAAUCCAUGGACACGGAGUCUGAAACCCAAGAAGCAGACGCAACCGUAAUCGGAGCCACUUCGGAGUGGGCCAUGGAUGUUGAUAUGGAUAUAUCAGGUCCGGGCACAAGCACUUCGGCCAUGAAUCCUAACGAAAACUUAGCCUUUCCUGCUGAGUUUUUAACUACUGACUCCGGCUAUGGAGGGUACGAAAUCCAGCAAGAUCUUGGGGACAUAGAUAUGGAAAUGCAGUCACAUUUGGAUAGUUCAGCUCCAGCGCCAAGCACUUCGGCCAUUAAUUUUAACGAACACUUGCACUUGCCGGCUGAGUUUUUGGCUACUCACUCCGGCUAUGCAUGGUACGAAAUCCAGCAAGAGCCGUUUGUAAAUCUUGGGGACAUAGAUAUGGAAAUGCCGUCAAAUGUGGAUAAUACAGUUCCAGCCCCAAGCACUCCGGCCAUCAAGCCUGAAGCGAACGUGAGCCCUCCAGCAACUUUUGCUGCCUUGGAAUAUUUGGACUCUUCGACUGAAGACGACUCCGAGGAUGGGAAGUACGAAUACACGUCGGAGUCCUCAGAUUCGGUAUACUGAGUUUUUUAACUGCGUGGGAUUGCUGCUUCUUUUUGCCCAAAUAAAA